AUGGACGAGAGCUACCGUAGAGGCACACUCUCUGACGCCGAGACGAGCAUUUGCAGCGAUUCUGAGUCGGUUGUCAAUGGUAUUGCCGGAAAGGAGAACAGCAUUCCCAUCAGACUGGAGAGCACGGACAAACAAGGGCACUACUUGUUGACCGCCGACGAUCCAGAGAUCAAGGAGAUACUUCGCAAAGGCAUCGAACGUGAGGAGGCUGAGGCUGGUCGAUCCAAGGUCCCUCGCACAAGGGUUCGAGAUCUGGUCUUCACCAGGCAAUUUACGACAUUCGAUCGCCGUCAUGCGGCCGCUGCGGAGAGUCCAUUCUUCGGCUUCUUCACUUUGUUCUGGAUCUGUAUGGUCCUGGUGUUCUGCCAAGUCGCGAUGAAGAACUGGAGGGACUACGGCAGCAUCCUCGGCCGCAACCAAGUAAUGAAGCUCAUGUUCAGCCGAGAUGUGUUGGUCCUGGGUCUGACAGAUGGUGUCAUGUACGCUGCGACGUUCGAAGGAUAUUUCUUCCAGAAGUUGGUACGACGCGGGUACAUCAGCUGGGCUAAGAGCGGAUGGAUCAUACAGAACAUAUGGCAGACUUUCUACCUCGCUGCGGUCAUCGGCUGGGCAUACCACCGUCAGUGGCCAUGGACACACAUGAUCUUCGUCACAUUGCACGGACUGGUCUUCGUGAUGAAGCAGCACAGCUAUGCUUUCUACAAUGGUUAUCUCUCUGGCGUCUACAGGAGAAGAGCGCUGUUAGAGCGCAAACUGAAGCAGCUUGAAGCCAUCGAGCCAGUGAGGACAGGCGCAUCCCGAGGUGCAGCAAAGACUUCGGCUGUCAGCCACGAGGUGACGAACACGGCACGUUCUACGGUCGAACGCCGACCAUCCAUGGGACCUCGCACUUCGACCAACUUCCAAACGGAGAGGUCAGACGUUGCAGAUGUCGCCGAAGCUAUUAGCUCCGGCCGGCCAAUCAACGCAGACCAGAUGUCAACGUUUUCGAGCAUCAUCCGGCUCGAGAUGGAUGAACUGAAUAAAGAGCUUAGAGGCAAGUCCGAGGAUGGGAAGAAUGCAUACCCGAAAAACCUGGACGUCUCCGGCUUCACUCAAUUCGCAGAAUACGUCUGUUUGCCCACGCUUGUGUAUGAGCUGGAAUAUCCGCGCCAGGAUAAAAUCAAUUGGUGGUACGUUCUGGAGAAGACCACGGCCACGUUUGGUGUCCUAUGCGUGAUGCAAGUCAUCAGUCAAGGCUACAUCUACCCGCCUGUUGCAAAGACGUACAGGAUGAAAGAGGCCGGCAUGACCCUCGAGCAACGCUGGCAGGAGUUUCCAUUCAUUGUCAGCGACAUGCUGUUCCCGCUACUGAUCGAGCAACUCCUUACCUGGUAUCUGAUCUGGGAGUGCAUUCUCAACGUACUGGCGGAGCUGACGUGCUUCGCUGAUCGUGGGUUCUAUGGCGACUGGUGGAAUUCGACAACAUUUGACCAGUACGCUAGAGACUGGAAUCGGCCAGUGCACAACUUCCUGCUCCGACAUGUCUAUCACUCUUCGAUCUCGACUUUCCACCUGAGCAGGACAGCGGCGACCUUUGUCACAUUUCUGCUCUCUGCGCUUGUGCAUGAGAUGUGCAUGGCUUUGAUCUUUAGUAAAGUCAGAGGAUAUCUAUUCUGGUCACAGUUGCUACAAUUACCGAUGGUCGCGUUGACGAGAUCGAAGUUCAUGCGGAAGCGCAUAAUGCUGGGCAACAUCAUUUUCUGGGUCGGCCUGUUCAUCGGUCCGAGCGUGUUGACGAGCCUGUAUCUAGUUGUCUGA